CACUGCGCCUGCGCCCAGCGCUGGAGAAUUGGGGUUGGGCAGAGCCCAGUUCCGUGCAACUUUCAAGUGAGUUGCAAACCCCGCCCCGAGGCCGGUGCCGGUGUCCUGGCGCACUGGGACCGCGGGGACCUGCACGAGCCCCGGCUGCGACCAGCCGCCCCCGACCCGGAAGCCGCAGCGCCCCAGCAAGGGCCGAACGCCUGGUUCCCCGCGGCAGGAAGUGCAGGUCGGAGCGGUAACUGCGGGAACGGCGAGGCCGGGCGGAAGAGCACGUCGGCCGGUACUGGUUCCCCAGUCGGUUCCUGCCUGUCCCGGCCCUCUGGUCUCCCAAUUCUUCAGGCUUCCCGCACUGCGGAGUUAGUGGCAGCAGGGCUCUGCCUCCGUCAAGGGGCAGCCCGAGUGCCCCUGUGGUUCGCACACCUUCACUCUUAAUCUCAUUCCAGCGCUGGCGUGAGCGUCCGUCUGGGGGUCUUCCCAGAGAGAUCUCCCUUCGUUCUUGAAGCUGCAGGAUGGUGUCCUGGAUGAUCUGUCGUCUGGUGGUGCUGGUGUUUGGGAUGCUGUACCCAGCUUAUGCUUCCUACAAGGCUGUGAAGACUAAGAACAUUCGUGAAUAUGUCCGGUGGAUGAUGUACUGGAUCGUCUUUGCGCUCUUCAUGGCGGUGGAGACCUUCACAGACAUCUUUGUUUCCUGGUUCCCUUUCUACUACGAGAUCAAGAUGGCCUUCGUGCUGUGGCUGCUUUCCCCCUACACCAAGGGGGCCAGCCUGCUUUACCGCAAGUUCGUCCACCCAUCCUUGUCUCGCCAUGAGAAGGAGAUCGACACCUACAUCGUGCAGGCCAAGGAGCGCAGCUACGAGACAGUGCUCAGCUUUGGGAAGCGAGGCCUCAACAUUGCCGCUUCAGCCGCCGUACAGGCUGCUACCAAGAGUCAGGGUGCGCUGGCCGGAAGGCUGCGGAGUUUCUCCAUGCAGGACCUGCGCUCCAUCCCUGACGACUCCACCCCCGCCUACCAGGAUCCCCUCUACCUGGAGGACCAGGUACCCCGCCGCAGGCCACCCAUUGGGCACCUCGCGCUCCCUGAAGGUUCGGACAAGGAAAAAGACUGCGCCCUCAGACAUGGACAGCUAGGGUCUGUGGAGCCUGGCCCAGUCUUACCUCAUGCUCUGCAGGGCGUUGGGGACUGUUUGGAGGGGACCUCUGGCUGCACACACGUCUGGCCUGCCUGUACCAGCUGCCCAGGUGCCGCCUUCUUGGCUGUUGGUCAUGGGCCAAGGGCAGGUGCUGCCAGGGCCAUGCACAGGGCUGCGCUCAUGAUGUACCAAAGCAGGCUGGGUCCACGGUUCUAUUUAUUGCCUUCUUCUCCCCUCUACCUUCCCAGGUGUGGGACCAGAGCCCUCCCGGGCCCCUGGAAAAUGAAACCAAAGCCCACUCUGGCCCUGUCCUUCAAAGUACUUGACAGCCUUCUCUGAGGCCGUGUGUGUGUUCUGGUUGUAUGGUUUGUGUCGGUGAAUGGGGUCAGGUUUGUGGAUGUUUUGAUAAAUAAAUACAUAAAAGCA